AUGGUCCACACCAAGAACACUGCCAAGAAAUCCACUGGCAGCUCAGCCCCACGCAUCCUCCUCAACAUCUCAAGCACCCGGACUUCUGGAGUGGAUAGCCGGAGAAGGAAGGCUUUGACUGCCUCCAAGGUCAAGCCUGUGGGAGGUGGGGACAUUGAGAAGAGAGAUGCUCAUUAUAAGGCUUUGACCGCUGCCAAGGCCACCUUGCCUAUGGGAGGUGGGGACUUGGCAAAUACAAGUGUUCACAAUGAGUAUUGCAUUGUCUGCAGGGAUGGUGCAGGGCGCUAUGAAGAGAAUACUCUCUUCAUGUGCAUUUGUUGCCACAUCAAGAUGGAACAAGGUGGCGCCUACUUUGGUUUCUAUAACGCCAACCACCUUCUGGUCUUGGACAGGUUCUUACCCAUCAAUGGCGCGCUUGAGGUGUCUGAGCAAGCCGAAAUUUCAGCAGCCACAGUCAUUUUCAUUCACCUCAUCCUCGUCAACUUCACAGUGGCUGGUAGCCCUAUGGAGUUUGCUCAUUCCUUCCUCAAGCCCUACUAUACUGGCGACCGCAUCCACAACAUCCAGAAGAUAAUGAAAGGUUUGAAGAAGUCCUUUGUCUGGGAGCGUGUUGUGAUUGGCGUCUCUACUCACACUGAUGAGGAUUUUGGAGACCCUUUUACUGGGUAUGAGGAUGAUGCCUCAGAGGGCUAUAUCAGCACUCCGGUCAAUGAUUGCGCCAAUAAGUGA